GAACAAGUGGCUGGGACAAGCUGUGGAAAAAGUAUGGAUCCUGCCUACCCCGGGAUGACCUCUGUCAGUAUGUCACAUCGUCUGAUCUCACCCAGAUGCUGGACAACCUAGGGAUUAAGUAUGAGUGUUAUGACCUUUUGUCCACCAUGGACAUAACUGACUGUUUUAUUGAUGGUAAUGAAAACGGAGACCUACUUUGGGAUUUUUUGACAGAAACCUGCAACUUUAGCACAACGGCACCACCAGACCUCAAAGCAGAAAUCAUCAAGGAUCUACAAGAGCCUGAAUUUAGUGUUAAGAAAGAGGGGAAGGUACUUUUUAAUAACAGUCUGAGUUUCGUGGUAGUUGAGGCAUAAUUAUCAAUCACAAGAUUAUAUUCAAGUUAUAUUUUGAGCAAUUGUUGGUCAUUCAUUUAUUUCCAUAUUAAAAUUACAAAAGCAUCUCAUAAUAUAGAUAGAUCAUUCUCUCUGAUAAAUGAAAUUUAGGAAAUUUAAAGACAUUCUUGGACUUCCAUGCAGAAAUAUUUGGGGUACUUACGGUCUUAUUCAGUCCUUGAGUUAUCACAUGCAGGCUAAACCCAGCUAAGCUGGAAAAUGAGGUUUGAGUUUGAUCUUCACAAGAAAAUUACUGCCAUUGCUCAUCAUAUUAGACUUCUCAAGAAUACUAACAAAAUACCUACUAUGGGUUCUUUAAAUUCCA